AGUUAAAAAAAGUUGGCACUAAACCACUACUAUCACAGAAACAAACUAUUAUAAGAUCAACUAAACUCAAAGCACAUACAAAGAAAUGAAAAAUGAAUGAAAAACAAAGGAAGAAACAUAUUAGAGAGCCACCUUCAAUUCCUUUCAUUUGGGAAGCAAAACCAGGAAUUCCCAAGAAAGAUUGGAAGCCAGUAGCGUCAUCACUUUCCCAGUCAUUACCUAAAACUCCACUCAAACAAAUUGCCUCAGUUCCAUUUGUUUGGGAAGAAAAGCCUGGAAAACCACUUCAUAACUUCUCACAUGUUUCAGUGAAUGAGAGUGAAAGCAUAACUAGCUUGGACCUUGAAUCAUUUAGCUUUGAAAAUGAUGAAUCCGUUAGCUUAGUUCCUUCUUUGCUUGCAAACUGUCUUGUAUCAUCAACUAAAGUUUCUAGUGCCAUUCCAUUGCAGCAAAAUUCAUUGUAUGUUUCAUCUUCUCCAGCUUCAUCAGAGACAGAUUGUAGCAUAAGUAGCUAUGAAACUGGUAUGUCAAGUUUAACUGGUUCUGCAUUCUUGGAAUGUCUCUUUCCUUUGUUUCCACCAAAAUCUGGCUUCCUUGAAAGGAAUAAUACUGGUCACACAGAAAAGGAUAUAAAAAUCGAAGAUUUUGAGCAUGAAGAUUAUACGUGUGUUAUAUCAAGGAAGCCACCAACACUUGGAGAGCUAAUUAUGAUGAGCAGAAGAAGAAGCUGUAGAAACAAAGCAUCUCUAAUGAACAAAUGGGAUCCACCAAAGAAAACAACAAGAAAGCAAGCUAUUGGAUGCUUCACGUUUGUAACCAGCAGAAUUACGAUUGAAGGACUGCUGAAGAGAAAGUACUAUCCUAGGCUGAAACUAAUAUAGGCAGCAAAAAUCAAGCACCAAGACCCGCUGCCAAUUCGCCAUUAAGAACUUUGUUUGAGAGUGAGGAAUGUUGAUUGUAUUAAAAUUUACCAAUGUAGUAAAAUAUUUUCUUUAAAACAGCUCAUAGAUGUAUACAUUCCUUCCCAAUAUGAAAACAUGAAGCUGGACAAGUGUUUCUUUCA